CGUUUAACUUGGUAGCUUUAAACAGCUCUCCCCAUUCAAGUUUGAGUGACUCGUUCGAGCUCUCAUCAAAGGCUGUGAAAAUGACACCCAUGGUGCAUCUGUUGUUGAUCCCGUUACUGUUCAGCCUUGCCAGGGGGAAGGAUCUGGAGGAAAAGAAAGGCCCAUUUCAGAAUAUUAUAUUAGACGUACCAGAGGGGACGCCGGUGCCAUAUCCUAUUUAUCAGUUUCAGACAGAGGCAGGUGUGAGUGACUUUAGUCUCAGUGGAGAAGGUAAGGAUGACAUUAGGAUCUCAAGAGACGGAUGGCUUUACCUGGAAAAACCUCUGGAUUGGGCCAAAGAGAACCAUUACGUCCUUAAGGUGGAGGCGUUUUCAGGUGACAAACAGGUCGACGGCCCAAUCUUCGUGACCAUAAACGUCUUAGAUAUCAACAACAAUGCACCAUUCUUCAACCAGAGCGUCUACACAGCUACAGUCCGAGAGCGCAAUCCCAUAGGUGUCCCGUUUACACGAGUGUUUGCGUCUGACCGGGACGACCCUCAGACUUCCAAUGCAGACCUGGUUUACAGCUUGGUCAGCCAAAUUCCCAACAAUCGCAACAUUCCCCUGUUCCAGAUCAACCCCAACACUGGAGAGAUCUCCACCACCGCAGAAGGAGAACGCAAUCUGAAGGCCAGAGAAGGCAUCCACUAUGGUCAAGGAGAAGACCGCAGCAUUGACACUCUGAAAGCAAAGUUUGAUGAAUACUGUACAGCACACAGAGUCCCUUAUGAAGAAAACCCUUUCUUCACUUGCAUGGAGAAAGCAGAGAUGAGGAGGCAGAACGUGGACCCGCUGGAGGACCCAGACUACUUCCUGGUGGUGCGAGUCCAGGACCAAGGAGGGAAAUCCGAUACCGCACUGAGUGGAAACACCAGAGUACACAUUGUGGUGCAGCAGAACCUGUGGUUCAACCCAGGCCCCAUCUCUAUUGUGGAGAACCUCAUGGGAGCUUACCCCCGGUCUAUUGGAAAGGUCCAGUCCAAUGACCCCAAUGCCAUCUACUCAUUAGUGCAAAAAGAGCGAGCGCUGAGAUUCCCCUUCGAGAUCUCUGAAAGCGGAAUCAUUUAUUUAACAGAGCAGCUGGACAGAGAGGAAAAAGAGAUGUACACCUUGGUCGUCUUUGCUAAGGACAAUUAUGGCAACGAAGUGGAUCCUCCCAUGGAGAUUCAUGUCCUGGUGUUGGAUGUGAAUGACAAUGAACCAGAGUGUCUAAGCGAGGAGAGUAUAUUGGAGAUCCAGGAAGAUGAACCUGCAGGAAGCCUGGUAGGACAGCUGAAGGCCCACGAUAAAGAUCAAGAAGGAACCCUGAACUCCCAGCUUACAUACAAGAUUGUGUCCUUAAGUCCAGAAGCUGCAUCCAACACUUUCUCCAUCGAUGAGUCUUCCGGAAGAAUCCAAGCGCUGCGCUUGCUUCGUAGAAAUGAGCAGAAGUUCUACCACCUGACUGUUGAAGUCAGUGACGCAGAUUUCAGCACUAACUGCAAGCUGGUCAUCAAGGUCAUCGACGUCAACAACCAGCUGCCACUGUUUGAGAAGAGCGACUAUGGCGAGCACACUCUGGCAGAGGACACUCCAGUGGGACACACCAUUUUGACCAUCAGAGCAACAGAUGAGGAUGAUGCUGACAGCGGCAGCUCAAUUAUUGAGUUCCACAUUUCUGCUGGAAAUGAUGAUGAAGUCUUUGCUGUGCAGACGGAUGGAAAAGGUGUUGGUCAUGUGGUCAUUGCCAAGCCUCUGGACUUUGAGUCCGCCAAUGCGUUCCACAUCCAGAUUGAUGCUCGUAACCCAGAGCCACUGAUGAGAGGUCUGGAGUACGGCACGGAGUCCACCGCCACCUUCUCUUUGUCUGUCACUGACGUGGACGAGGCUCCAGAGUUCAGCCUGGACAUCCUGGAUGUGACGGUGCUUGAAAACAUCACCAAAGGAUCUGUGCUGUUCACUGUGGAGGCAAAGGACCCGGAAGGGAAAGAGAUUGGGUUUAAGUUGGAUGGUGACUCUGAAGGCUGGCUGGAGAUCGAUGCGGCCUCAGGAGAGAUCAAGACCAAGGAAAAGCUUGACAGAGAGAAACUGGAGAAUUUUGAAGUCACCCUGACUGUCUUUGAAAAGGAGAACCCAGAGAAGUUUUCAGAGCAGUCGCUCCACGUGCGUCUGUUGGACGUCAAUGACAACUUCCCCACUCUGACCGAGAAGGAGGCCUUCAUCUGCACCAAGGACCUCAAACCCGUCACCGUCAAGGCUGAGGAUGGAGACAGCGCUCCUUUCUCCAAGCCUUUUGUUUUCAGCUUUGCUGACAGCAAGAAAUCUCCCAACUGGGAGCUGCGUCAAAUCGAUGAAACAACAGCUGAGCUGCGUUUGAAGAAAAAACCAACUCAAGACAGGACUUUCCCUCUCAGUAUCAACAUCAAGGACAAUGCUGGCAUGGGGGUCAAUCAGUUAUUUCAAGUGAGAGUAUGCAACUGCACAGAGCUGGGCUACUGCUACAUGGCACCAGAAGGAGAGGGAUUCAAACCCACAAUGGGAGUCACCAUCGCCAUCCUGGCAUGCAUCCUGGCAUUCUGUGUCAUCGUGUUCAUCGUCGUGAUCAAACGCUCAGACAAACAGAAAAAGAAGAACGCCUUGGAUGAAGAAGGGGAGCGGAACCCCAUGAUGUAGAUGGAUGUGUGAAGAUUUAUUUAUAAACACUAAUAAUAUAAAUUAGCUUUUGGGGGGGAUUUGCAAAUUGUACAGCGUGCACUCAACCGGUGUUCUUGCACCUGAAGACGUUAUUCAAGUGUUUUGUGGUUUGCAAAGCAUUCAUUUUUGCAACACAUAUAAGCAAAAGGAUAUUUACAGUUAUGUUGUAGUCUCCUGAUUAAUGAACAUGUUUAGAUAAAAUCCUACAAAUCUUUUUUCCUCUCUUACAUAACAGUAAUUAGUCAUCAUAAAUAUUUACUCACACUUUUGCUUUAGCUCGUUUUUUUUCCCCUGUUGGAGUCGAUCAGCAUGAAGACUAAAUUAUUUGAUGUCAGCUCAGCACUGAGAUAACUUGUUGACUCUCAGACGCUGAAAUGUUGUGUUCUAGUUGUUUUAUUAGCAGCUGCCUUGUUAUUUGAGCUCCAUGGUGGUAUUUGAUGCUGUAAAGUAGCAUUCUGAUGAACAUCAGUGAGUGUGAAUUUGUAAAGAGACGUAAAUGUUCCCUUUUCCAAUAAACAAAGAAGCUGCUAAUCACUUUA